ACCAUUGAACUGUUCAUCUGGAAUCGGUGUGUAGUCGGUCUGUUAAUUUAUUGAUAGUACUUUAACGUUCGAUUUCGUUCUGACCUGUGUAUCGUAGAUUUCUUUCAAGGGACAUUUUGUUGUUUGACAGAAUAUUUUACCGUUACAUCGAUUAGUUUAUAAUUGGAUUUGCUGGUUUGCCCACAUCAAUGAGUUCCAAUGGAGUCGCAAAGUAAUCAGACGAAGAAACAAAACGGCGGCGGCGACAAUGGCACCAUGCAUCGGCCGUGGUUCGGUUCCAAGACGAGCUGUGCAUCGAACAAAAGUAUGGACGAUACAUUUAUGUCGUUUCAAUCAAAGGACCCUAUAAUCAACAUACCCAUGGAAAAGGUUCCAAAAGAAAAGGGUGAGGGUGGUGCACACGGUCAUGGUCUACCUGUAGAACAUCCUACUUCCUACGUUGAAACACUGAUGCAUUUGCUGAAGGGCAACAUAGGAUCUGGUAUAUUCGCCAUGGGCGAUGGUAUGAGAAAUGCCGGUAUUAUCGUAGGACCUAUUGUGGUGCUCAUAUUAGGGCUAAUAUGCACGCAUUGUCAACAUCUGCUGUUGGGCGCCGCAAGAAAACUUAACGAAAGGAAAAAAUUAGAAGUGACCCCGGACUUUGCUGAAACCGUAGGACUCUGUUUUGAAAAUGGACCAGUUAGAUUCCAAAAGUUGGCCAGCACGAUGAGGAGAACUGUAAACGUGUUUUUGUGUGUCACUCAGCUGGGAUUCUGUUGCGUCUACUUUGUUUUUAUUUCGGACAAUAUCAAACAGCUUUUAGACUAUUAUGGUUAUGUCCUAGACGUCCAUCUACACAUGGCAAUAAUCCUAUUGCCCAUUUUGUUGACCGCACUGAUAAGAAACUUGAAAUAUCUUGCCCCGUUCUCAACGUUGGCCAACGUCCUCAUGAGUAUUGGAAUCGUGAUUGUUAUUUACUAUUCAGCACAAGACUUACCUGACAUCAGCGAAAGACGUUAUAUUGCUGACUGGCAACAAUUGCCCCUGUUCUUCGGCACAGCAAUCUAUGCCUUUGAAGGAAUCGGACUGGUUUUACCUUUGCAAAAUGAAAUGAGAGAACCUAGAAAAUUUAGCAGACCUGCUGGAGUGCUGAAUGUCGGUAUGGUGAUCGUAACGGCCAUGUACCUUAUUGUUGGAUGUUUAGCUUAUGUGAAAUACGGUGACGGCAUCAAGGGAAGUGUUACGCUAAAUCUUCCAGCUGAAGAAGUAUUAGCCCAAUCAGUGAAAGUAAUCAUUCCCUGUGGCAUCUUGUUGACUUACGCCCUUCAAUUCUACAUCGCCGUCGACAUCAUUUGGCCGAAUAUUUUGAAACUCUUAGGACCCAACGUGAAGUAUCCUGUGUUUGCUGAACUAACUUUCAGAUCAUUCCUCGUUUUGAUCACUUUUAUAAUGGCCGAAGCUAUACCAUUCCUUGGACUUUUUAUUUCACUAGUAGGUGCUGUAAGUAGUGCGGCCCUAGCUCUAAUCUUCCCACCUCUCUUAAACAUCGUCAUAUCCACCGCAUUCGAGGAAUCGUCCACAUGGUCCAUCACCAAAGACUCAAUCAUAAUCCUGAUUGGGGUGAUAGGAAUGGUAACGGGCAGCUACGAAAGUAUCUCUGCUAUAGUUAAAGCAUUUGCCGCCGAAAGUCAGAGCUAGAAAGCCUCACUAUGACAGGUAGAGGAUUUCUUAAGGGCCGAACGCCCUGCAUAUCGUUCCGUAGGAACGGUUCAUAUCCCUAGAGUGGCAGUUCCAAGCUAUGAACGGAGAGCUAUCUCUCGACAUGAGUCGACUUGCUUUAACGCUUUUAACGAUUAAGAUUUCAACGUAAUAGGAAAAAAGCGUUAAGACAUUUUGGCUAAUGUUUUGUGAUGCUUUUCUAACUGUGAUUUUGAAAUAGAUUAAGUGACCUGUUUUUAUUUUAGAUAUUUUAGUAUUUUAUGUUAAGAUAUAUUGACUGUGGUAUGAAAUUUUUGACAGUUUUACUUUUAUUAUACAUGUUUGUUGUUAUUUACGUAGAUGGAAAUAUGCUUAUUAGAUCUAAGAAGAAAUAUUUGUGAUAAGUAUAGCAUUGUUUUUGAAAGCAACUUUUCUAUUAUUUUAAAAAUAAACUAUUCAAUACAAGAA